AUGCGUCACAGCUUCAUAUCUUUCCCGGAUAAGAACGCCCUUUUACAGAGGUACGGCGGUUCCCACGUAGACACCCUUCCUACGCCAAGUGCAAUCAUUGACUAUGGAAGGUUCAAAGACAAUUGUGAUAAGAUGAUCACCAACGCCAAAAGAUUACAGUGCCAUUUCCGUCCACAUAUUAAAACUCACAAGACUGUGGAGGGCACAUUGCUUCAACUUGGUGAUGGUUUCACCGAUCGUGCAAUUGUGUCUACUAUGGCAGAAGCGUGGGGGAUCUUGCCUCUUCUCCAAAAUGGCACCAUUAACACCUUGUUACUCUCCAUGCCAUUGGUUACUUCUUCCAUAGAGGAAUUGAUGGAAUAUUCCGUCAAAUGUGGAUCCAGUAAUAAGUUGGUGAUCUUAGUAGACCAUAUCACCCAAUUGGAUACUUUGCUUGCAUUGGGAGGUCAUUUACCUUGGGAGAUCUACGUCAAGAUAGACUUUGGAUAUCAUCGUGCAGGUCUCUUCAAUAAUACUUUGAGUCUUCGCUCUGUUAUCUCCAAAAUUAUAGACCCAACUAAUAUGCUUCUGUUGUACGGUUUCUAUACCCAUGCUGGUCAGUCGUAUCUGGUUGCUAAUCCUCACGAAGCCCACAAGUUGUUGCUACAAGAGAUUGCCAGUGUUAACGAAGCUGCUGCCUUUGCAGUGGAACAAUUUAAUUACAAUACAGCCUCCAACCGGCCCUUACAACUUUCAGUAGGCGCAACUCCGACAGCACAUGCUUCUAGUAUGUUGGCAUAUUCCAAACUGCAAAUAGAAUCCGAUAUCAAUCAGAAACUCUACGGAGAAUUGGAACUUCAUGCUGGGAACUAUUGCUGUUGUGACUUGCAACAAGUAGCCACUAACUGUUGUGCGACUACCGUGGUAGCAGCAACAGUGCUUGCAGAAAUUGUCUCUAAUUACACUGACGACGGCAGAUACGAUCAAUUGAUCAAUGCUGGAGUAUUGGCACUUUCCAGAGAGAGUGGUCCCUAUGAAGGUUAUGGUCAUCUAUUGAGCAACCAUGACUGGUACGUUGGAAAAUUAAGUCAGGAACACGGAAUUUUAUAUCCGUUCGGACACAAGCAGCAGAUGCAUCAGCCGUUCCUCCCGAUCGGAUCUAAAGUCCGAAUUCUUCCUCAACAUGCUUGUAUAACUUUGGCCUGUCAUCCUUAUUACUUUGUUGUUGAUGAUAAGAAUAUAGUGAUAGACAUUUGGGUCCCUGUUAAGUACUGGUGA